CUCCCUGGGGAGACCUUCCUUCCCCAGCCUUGGAGGGCUGGUUCUCCCCCAGGAAAAGGCCAUGGCAGAGCUGCAGAGGCUGGGGCAGCUCCUCCUCCUCUUCCUCCUGGGCCUGGCCUGCCUCUGGCUGCCCGCCACCUGCAGGAAAGCCCCCAGGCCUCCCCCCUGCCCGCCCAGCUGCUCUUGCACCAGAGACACAGCCUUCUGCGUGGACUCCAAAGCCAUCCCCAAGAGCCUGCCUCGGGAUGUCAUUUCGCUGACCCUGAUAAAUGCAGACUUCAGCGAAAUCAAAGAAGCCGCCUUCGCUCACCUCCCGUUCCUGCAGUUCCUCUUAUUGAAUUCCAACAAGUUUUCCUUGAUUGGGGACAAUGCGUUCACCGGACUCUCCCACCUGCAGUACCUGUUCAUCGAGAACAACGACAUCCAGGCUCUGUCGAAGAACGCCUUUCGUGGGCUCAAGUCCUUGACGCACCUAUCUUUGGCCUACAACAAUCUGCAGACGCUGCCCAGAGGCCUCCUGAAACCCCUGGACAUCUUGAGCGACCUAGACCUGCGGGGCAAUUCGUUGACCUGUGAUUGCAACAUCAAGUGGCUAGUGGAGUGGAUGGAGAGCACCAACACAAGCAUCCCCGCCGUUUUCUGUGGGAGCCCCGCUCAGUACCAAGGCCAGAAGAUCCGGGACCUGCCCCUCAAGGACUUUGACUGCGUCACUACAGACUUUGUGGUGCACCAGGUCCUGCCUUUCCAGUCUGUGUCUGCAGAGCCAUUCCUGUACUCCAGCGACCUCUACGUGGCCCUGGCCCAGCCCAGUUCCAGCAGCUGCAGCAUCCUCAAGUGGGACUAUGUCGAACGGAAGCUGCGGGACUUUGACCGCAUCCCUGCUCACUCGGCCGUUUACUGCAAGCCCAUCGUGGCCGAGUCGCAGCUGUACGUCGUGGUGGCCCAGCUCUUCGGUGGCUCCUACAUCUACCGCUGGGACACCAACAUCGACAAGUUCAUCAAGAUCCAGGACAUCGACAGCCAGAAGAUCCGCAAGCCCAACGACAUCGAGGCCUUCCAGAUCGAGGGCGAGUGGUUCUUUGUCAUUGCCGACAGCUCCAAAGCUGGCUCCACCAGCCUCUACCGCUGGAACCAGAACGGCUUCUACUCCCACCAAGACCUGCACUCAUGGCACCGUGACACCGAUGUGGAGUAUCUGGAGGUUGACGGCAAGCCCCGGCUGAUCAUCUCCAGCAGCUCCCAGGCUCCCAUCAUCUACCAGUGGAACCGCUCGCAGAAGCAGUUCCUCCACCUGGGCGAUGUGGCAGAAGUGAUGGACGUCCAGAUGGUCAAGCACUUCCGGGUCAAGAGGGACAACUUCCUGUGCCUGAGCCGCUACAUUGGCGACUCCAAGGUGGUCAAGUGGGAGGGCCUGCGCUUCACGGAGCUGCAGACCUUGCCCUCCCGAGGCUCCAUGGUGAUGGAGCCGUUCCGCGUGUCCCAGCAUCAGUAUAUGGCCCUGGGGAGUGACUUCUCCUUCACCCACAUCUACCUGUGGGACGAAGAGAAGCAGAAGUUUGCAAAGUUCCAGGAACUCUCUGUGCAGGCCCCCCGCGCCUUCCGCCCCAUCCCUCUGGAGGACAUGGAUAUCCUGCUGGCGCCCAGCUUCAAGGGGAACACACUAGUUUACAAGCAUAUCGUGGUAGACCUCAGCUUGUAGGGCAGGUAGGUCACUGCCGUCCCCAACCUGCACGCACGCACACACACUUUCUUCUGCUGGAGGUGGGCACCUGGGCACUGUAGUCACUUGGAGAAAGGCUGCUUACUCAUUCCGCACCCUUCUUCUCUCCAUGGUGAGGAUAUAAGCUCAGGCCUUCCUCGAUGCAGAGGCUCCUCCAGACCACACAAGGGACCUAACACACACUCACACACUCCUACGUCGACCUGGAUGUAUAUGCAAUAAUAAUAACACACCCCUAGACCUCACGUCAUUAACUCCAUGCAAUGUUGACCAAGUGCCCCGGUUGAAAUGC